AUGCAGGCUGAGAAACCAGUAGAAAAAAGCAAGAAGAAAGGGCGUAAGAAGGAUUGGGUGAUGGAGGCAGGAGCAGGUGCGCCGCCACCUGAGAAACCAUCGCCAACUGGCACAACGCCAAGCCCAAGAGAACACCUUGUUGCAGGUUGGUACCCCACGCACCCAGACUUUUAUGGAAGGCUGUCAUUCUCACCAGAUUCUGACGAAGUUGCAUUUGCCCGUGCAGUUGCAGAGGCUCAAGAAGAAGCCAGGAAUCAAGCUGAAGCUCGUCGCCAGCAUCAGUUUGAGAGAGAUAUGGAAGCUGCUGCUAUCGCUGAUCGUGCUCUGGGAUCUAAUGCCAAGACUCCUCAGGCAGCUGCUGCCAUCUGGACUACUCCUCCAUCGAAUACGGCGCCACCGUCUCUUCCAAGGCCCCCCACUGCUGUGCGUCCGAUGCAAGAAACUCCUUAUCGCUGGAACACUGGAGCUUACAGCAUGGCAGCUGCUCAGUGGCCCACGGUCACUGGAGGAGUGCCACAAGAGCCACGUAGCGGACGCCACAGUGCUCCUCCUAUGUUACCAAGCCCGUCCAAGUGGUCGCCCCUGACACAAGCAGCUCCUGCCCCCAAGACCAAGAAGGCCUCCCAAGAAUCGGCUGGAACAACCAUGACAGCAAAGCCCAAGGCGAAGGCUGCUGCUGCCAAAGGAACAAAGAAAGUUCUCUCAGCUGGUGGUGGUGACAGCCACUUCACUGAUGGGGAAGUGUCGGUGUUGUUAGAUAUAAUGGAGCGAAUCCUUCCCAUCGGCAAGGAAGAGUUCACUAAAGUGACCAACGAGUACAACAAUCUCUUUCCUGAUCGCAAGAGGGGAUAUCAAAAUUUGAAAUCCCAAUUCAACAAACAUGUUUCUAAGAAGCCACCCACCGGUGAUCCAGACUGUCCUCCUCUCACCAAACGGGCCAAGAGAAUUCAAGCAGGAAUAAAGGAGAAAGCAGGCAUGUUGACAAUGGCAAACGUUGGGGAUGGCUUUGGCAGCACAAUGGGCGACCAGAAGAAGAAAAAGAAGGAUACAGCCAUUAUUGAAGGAUUGUAUCAACCCAAGUCGGUUCUCAAGAGCAAGGCUCGUGAUUCUGCUAGAGAGGGCAUUGUGCAAGCCAUCAUUGCUUCUGACAAAGCCCAAGCCAAACGGGAAGAACGUGCAGCAAAACGGCAUGACAAACAAAUGGAACGCACUAUGAUGGUUGCGACUCAAGCUUUUACAGCUCUUGCAACAGCGAUGUCAGGCCGUAGAGUGGAGAUCCCUGCUAUGCAAGAACCAGCCCGUUAUCCCAGCAGCGACAGCUCUUUGACAGAUUCCUCCUCCUCGAGCUCUGAUGAUAGCUCUGAUGAUGGAAAGAAGCUUUCUUUCAAGAAGAAGCUCAAGCGAUACAAAAAGAAGAAGCAGCUCAAGCGCAAGCGCAAGAAUUCGUCUUCUCCUGGUAAGAAAAAGAAGUCCAGUAAGACCGUCGAUCUUCUGGAUGACUCUAGUUCAUCUGGAACUGAAGUCGAGCUCAAGUAUCCAUAUGGUAUUAAGCCCAAGAACAACGAGGACGAUGCUGACAGCAAGGAUGAGGGUGGACGCAAGAUGCCCGCGGUCUAA